AUGGCUGCAUCUUUCUUUAAUAAUAAAGCCCGCGCCGCAGCGGUUGCAGCAGCCGGCAGCUCCAAGUCCAAGGCAGGCGACAGCAAAGAAGACUCGACUCGACUCCAGCCAUGGGUUGAGAAAUAUCGCCCCAAGUCUUUGGACGAUGUUGCCGCGCAAGAACACACCACCAAAGUGCUGCAGCGCACCCUUCAAGCUUCAAAUCUUCCCCAUAUGCUGUUUUAUGGACCUCCUGGAACAGGAAAAACAUCUACUAUUCUUGCCCUCGCCAAAUCCCUCUUCGGACCCGCCCUCUACCGCUCCCGCAUCCUAGAACUGAACGCCUCCGACGAGCGUGGUAUCGGCAUUGUUCGUGAUAAAGUGAAGAACUUUGCCCGCGCCCAGCUCUCGCAGCCCACAGGUCUGGAUGCUGCAUACCGUGCGCAGUACCCAUGCCCGCCAUUCAAGAUUAUCAUCCUCGACGAGGCAGACAGUAUGACACAAGACGCGCAGUCCGCCCUGCGCCGCACAAUGGAGACAUACAGUCGAAUUACGCGUUUCUGCCUUGUCUGCAACUAUGUCACACGCAUUAUUGAACCGCUUGCCAGUCGAUGCAGCAAGUUCCGCUUCAAGAUGCUGGAUAACAGCGCUGCAGGCUCGCGCAUUGCGAACAUUGCCGAGCAGGAGGGCCUGGAACUUGAAGACGGUGUUGUUGAUACCCUGAUCCGUUGUGGUGAGGGUGACCUGCGUCGUGCUAUUACGUACUUGCAGAGUGCGGCGCGUCUCGUCGGUGCUUCGAACGGGCUAGCUAAGGAUGCUGAUGACGAUGCUGAAAUGACCGAUGCAGGCAGUAGCCGUGUUAUUACCAUUCGGAGCAUCGAAGAGAUCGCUGGUGUCGUGCCAGAAAGUAUUGUCGAAUCGCUCGUGCAGGCUAUGCAGCCUGCCAGUGGUGGAUCCGCAUAUGAAGCUGUCUCGAAGGUGAUUACGGAUAUUGUGGCGGAUGGCUGGAGUGCCACACAAAUUCUUGGUCAGCUAUACACACGCGUUGUCUUCAGCGAGGCUAUACCCGAUAUCCAGAAAAACAAAAUUGUGAUGCUCUUCUCGGAGAUGGACAAGCGGUUGGUUGAUGGGUCUGACGAGCAUCUCUCCAUGCUGGACUUGGCCCUGCGAGUCGCUGGCAUUCUACAGGGCAAUUAG